GGCUCACCAUCUCAUCUGUAUCGAGUGCUCAUAAAGUGUUCAUCAGCUUGGUCUACUGAUGGGUUUUCCUGCCGAAAUCCGCUCAGAACGGAGGUGCUUGCCUUUAUUUUCCCGCACAUGAAAGGCGAUAUAAAUGGCUUGGCAUCCGGAGAGCUACUUCUGCAGUAUACGGCUCGUCUGAGGGACGUCGAACUGAUCUCGGGCAUUGAAUUCGAUCUACCGAUGGUUCCUCCUAUGCACAUGAUGCAUUUGAAAUUGCAUGUUGCCACUCAGCUGUGGUAG